AUCACCAUAUUGGAGGCAAAUGAUUUGACAGCAGCCUGUAUUAAAGAAUGUGUUAAGAAUAUAUCCUGACUGAGGAGAAAAAGUCUUGUGGAAAGAAAGUAGUAUGCUGGAUUCCUCCAUAAAAACAGAGUAAUUUCUGGGAUGGUUGGAUGCCUAAGGUGUGGGCUGGAGGAAAGGAGGAAGGGGAACUGACAGUAAGGCCACACUGUAGUAUGAAACAAUUCAUGAUUUCUUUUAGACAUUUCUUGGAUUAUUUGGAAAGGAGAGCACUUCUGACAAUGCUGAUUUCUAAUUUUUGGCUGAGCAAAAGACUAGGAAGGAAAGCACCUUAAAAUACAUUUCAGACAGCAGUGUUUCAGGAAAGGAGCAUUGCAGAGAGCAGCUGUGCUGAAGCUCACUCAGCACCACGGUGCCCUGCUGGGUGUAUCAGUCUGUGUGGGGAUGAAGGGGUGAAAUGUCACCAGGUCAUUGCUGCUGUUCAGCAUCCAGGGCACACCAAGGGACACCACACCUACACAUUAAAUUUGGUGACACCUCUUUUCUGUACCCAUUCCAUGCCAGAAUGGAUUGGAAACGAUUCUGAGUCUUACAGUCACAGGAGAAAGUCAGACUGAAUCAUUUUUAGAUCUCCUCUACAGGAAAUAUUUUCAUGAGGAAGUCUGUGACAAGCAUGGCAGUGACACACGUGUCCCUGUACUGCUUUAAGAAAAUGUUUUGUUUUCAGUGACUGUGACAAGCUCAGUGUGGUAUCUUAACCUUCCUAAAGGCUGAGAUGCUUUCUGAUUAAAGAAUUUAGCCUAACAUCAUUUGCAAAUCACUUGAAAGUGUAUGUGACUUUGAGACAUGGAAAUUCCGAUAUUUUCACCACUAUCAUCUUGGUUUUGCAAGGAAAAAUACCAUAGAUGAGAUUUUGAAACAUGAUACAUGAAUACAUCUUAGGCAUAAAUGCCCUAGACCUAAAGUCAUCAUUUUUCUUUUUUUGUUGGUUAUAUCAUGGCUGGAAAUCAUGGCUGGCCAAGUUCUUGUGUUUAAAAUGAGCAAAUGUCCUGUAUUCAACACUUCACGGAAUGGCAGCAGAAACAGUAGUAUGCAAUGAAUUUAAAGCAAAUGCAAACAUGUGUUAGGUGGGUUUUUCAAAGAGUUAAAAAGAAAGAAAGAGCACAUCAAAAAUUAUGAUGUACAACAUUCUGGCUGUUUAACCUAAAAACAUAUUCCAAGCAAACUAUUUUUAAGGAAAAGUAAACACAACGACUUCUCAUAUUGAAAUGAAGCUCUUCCCUACUUCUUCCAGUAUAUUUGAGAAACAAAAUGUAGAGCUCUUCGUUUUGGAAAGGGGAGGGAAAAAGCUACCCUAACCCUAAUCAUUGCCCUGCAGAGACUGAACUACUGAGCUACAGUUUCUAGAUUUAUUUACUUUAUACAGCAAAGAGAAGAGGAGUAACAACAAUGUUAAAAGUCUGAAAAACCUUUGGAAAACACAACAGCCAAGUUUCAAAUAUGGAUGGAGGCAGAAGCAGGUUUUAAUCACAAUUGUUAGGAAAAAACUGCAGAAAGGUUUGUCAGGUUGCAAUUCAUUGUGGUCUUGUCUAUCACCAUUUGUUGCCAGGCUCAAAAAUUAGGUAGAUAUGAGAGGUUUUUUGCAUAAAAGUUGUAGAAUAUUGUCACUAACCCACCCCCACACACCCAUUUUAUUUCACACUGACAAAAGCUGAGAUGAAUGAGUUGUCUGGCCCUUCCCACUUUGUAUAGUCAUUGGCUGGCUUGGUUCUAAAAGGGAUUUUAAAAAGGGGAAUAAUGUGCCUUUGCCUGGGAUCUGAGAGCGUCAGGGUGCUGAAAAGCUGGUUUGUGAGCUGCCACCAUGCAGAUCUCUUGGGCUGUGUGCGCUGUCUGUGUCGUGACACAAAUCACAUUUCAGUCUGUGCAAGGGUGGCAGAUGUUUAAAAAUGAUGCUACAGAAAUCAUUCCUGAGAUCACUGAAAAUACAGAAACCCCGAUGGAGCCGACUUUCAGCAACAACAACACAAUGAAUCAGGCAAAACAUGGAGGAAGACACAUACAACAAGCUCCAGAGCUUAACGAUGCCUCCGAGUUCAGCUGCAGGGAGAUGCGCACCACGCGCUAUGUGACGGACGGGCCGUGCCGCAGCCUGAAGCCGGUCAAGGAGCUGCUGUGCUCGGGCCAGUGCGAGCCCUCGCACCUCCUGCCCAACUCCAUCGGCAGGGGCAAGUGGUGGAGGCACAGCUCCCUGGAUUACCGCUGCAUCCCUGCUCACACCCGCACCCAGCGCAUCCUCAUGGCCUGUCCCCAGCAGGAGACUCGGACUUACAAAUUCCGAGCGGCCACGUCCUGCAAGUGCAAGCGCUACACUCGCUACCACAACCAGUCCGAGCUCAAGGACUUCGGCAAGGAAACCCCCCGGCCCCAGAAGAACAAGAAGCCCCAUCUCUCCAGAGCCAGGAGCGGCAAAUCCAACCAGCACGAGCUGGAAAAUGCUUAUUAGGAGGUGGCUCUGGGUGACACGGACUAGCAGCUCUGGAUGUUUUCUGAACCAUCAAAAGGCACUCAGAGGCCACAGCACGAUGUUCUGACUGCAGUAGGUUCCAAUUCCUUCUGCUAAGAUGGGUCAAAGGCUCACAUAGGCAAAAAUCUAUCAGAUUAUAGCAUUUAUGGUCUGAUAAGAGGAUGAGAGAAAGCGAGCUGGAGGGAGCUGCAGGUGCCCCUUGGAGGUCCUUGGAGUUUGUGUGUCCUGUACGAGUAGGAAGGCAGAGGAAAGUGAAGCUGUUGUGGUGACAAUCACGCUUUGCUAGAAACCCCUCCACUCACUUUAUGUGAAAAGAAUAUUGAGAUUCCUUUCCCAGACAACGAUGCAGGACAAGCUUGCAAUUAGGGAAGCACCAGGAGAGUUAGCACUCUCCAAAGGAGCUGUAGAAAGUUAGGGGUAGCAGGGAUUUCAGGUUAUGGUGAAUGAAAUCAAAUUGUUGGAAAAUUAACACACUAUCAGAUGUCCUCAUGCGCCAGGUGUUUCCUCUCGAACACAGAAAUCAAAAUAUGACACUAGUGUUCUCAAAACAGAAGUGUGACAAAUCUAUUUCAUACUUUUUAUUAAAAGAUUAUGGGGUUGACAAAUUCAAAACUGAGAUUUGGCAAGUGUCACCCUAUUGAUUUAGGAACAAUACUUUGUUUGAGCAAUUCAAUAAAUUCUUCUAAAUGGAGCAGAUUUAUGAAAAAGAUGCUCCUCUCAAGCUGGAUAACCUCUCUGAUGUUUGUCCUGUAAACAGCUAACAUUAUACCUAGUUUAACAUAGAAGAUACUGAUUAUUCCUUAUUUCCUAGAACACAUUUGUCUUUAAUAUCAGCUUAGAUACGUCCAUUUACAUUUUCUAGUCUGUAGUUUGGAUUAUCUGGCCACACACUCUGUAGCACUAAAACUGUGCAAGCCAAGCUCUGUGAGAAAGGUGGUGGUUCUGCAUUAAAAGUGAGCCUUUGCUGAGUCAUUAAUUCCUCUAGAAAAGUCUUUAGGAUAUGCAGCUUUGAUAAGGCUUUCGUUUGGCAGCAACUUUCCUUUUCUUAGCUUCUCAACACUCAGACUAAUGUUUGUGUUUUUACAUUAAAGAAUACUGUUAGAAAGUAAUUGUCACAUACUGCAUAUGUCCUGUAGAAUUUAUGCUGAAAUAAUAUAAACUGUGGAAAUUUGCAAUGUUGAUAGAUUUUUCAGUUAUUUUAUGUGGGACCAGAAUCUAGAGAGAAAAGGUAUCAUUUCAGAGAAUGAAUUACGUAUUUAUUUUUUUUUCCCAGAAAUUAUUUAUGCAAUGUUUUAACUUGUAGAGAACGAGAAGUAAUACUGCUUUAAAAAAUUUGUCUGU